CUGCGACUUGGCCUUAUCUACUCCGACACCACUUCAAUUCUGCUUCAACUUCCCAGCAACCACCACUCUUUCACUCGAUAUACAGUUAUUUUUCUUAGGGAAAAAAAAAAAAAAAAAACCACACACACACACACACACACAAAUGUCCUCCUCAACCCGCCGCCUCCUCAAAGAAACAACAGACCUUCAAAAAAACCCCUCCCCUCAUUUCACCGCAGCUCCAAUCUCCGACACCUCCCUUCACGACUGGCACUUCACCCUAACCGGCCCCCCGCCCCCAUCCCCCUUCAGCACAGGAAUUUACCACGGCCGUAUAACCUUCCCACCAACUUACCCCCUCCGUCCACCAUCCUUCCGUUUCCUCACACCCACGGGCCGCUUCGAAGUCAACCGCGAAAUCUGCCUGAGUAUCUCGGGACACCAUGAGGAAUCUUGGCAGCCGGCUUGGGGGGUAAGGACGGCGUUGUUGGCGAUUCGUAGCUAUAUGGAUGUUGAUGCGAAGGGACAGGUCGGGGGACUGGAGAUGGGGGAUGCUGGGAGACGGGAGUUGGCGGGGGAGAGUCGGGGGUGGAGGUGUGGGAUUGAGGGUUGUAACGGAGGAAAGAGCAAUGAGGAGGUGUUAAGGGAGUGGAGGGAGGGGGUUUGUAGGGAGAGGGGGGUUGUUGACGAAGAAAAUGACCAGGGUGAUUGUGGGGAUGCGUCUGGGGAUGGAGAGAAUGAAGAACAGAAGCAGCAGAAAAAGCAACAGGAGGCUCGGGAGGCUCGGGAGGACGAUGCUGCGCAGCUGAAUAGUACACCGGUAGCAGAACCAGCACCAGUACCUGUACCAGAGGAACCACGAGAGUCAUCUGGAGAAUCGCAGCAUCAACCGCAACCACAACCACAGCAUCAGCAACCAAUACCCUCUUCUGCGCCUCAAUACCAACAUCAAUCCCAACCUCAACCCCAAACCCAAAUUCAAUUUCAACCCCAACCAGUGCCAACGCCAACAACAACCACGACGGCGACGGCAGCACAGGAUAGCCCCUGGCUAGACCGCGCGAUUAUCGGUGUCCUCAUCGCAUUGGUCGUCACGAUCAUGCGGAGGAUAUUCAGGGAAGAGAGUGAAGAUCUGUGAUAAUUUAUUUCUGGUUGCCUGGGAUUGUAUAGGCGAUGGCGUUGGUGGAUUUAUAUGGCGUUUUUGUUUCUAUGCUACCUCUAGAGAACCAAAGUGAUGAAGCAAGCAUUCAAUUGUAUAAAAAGUUAUCUAUACCCGACGAUAAUUCUCAACGAACUACUCCGCGGUACCAUCUGCUAGAACACACAAGGCCGGAAUAUGAUUUAGCACCAGCCAUUCA